CUGACACUGUACUCUAUCAACACUCAGCUUACUCUAUUGCUGCCAUGGCGUCCCUUCUCAAGCUACCUUCCUUUAUCUCUCCUCUUCACCAAAACUUGAAUUAUGUCAGCUUUUCGCCCAUAAUCAUGAAUGCGCAAUCCAAAUUUAACUGUGUUAGUGUAAGAAAUGGGAGAUGGAAUGUUCCUAACAUGACGAUAAAAGCUCAUACUGCUGUUGGAGGGGGUGUAAUUCAUAAUGAAUCGUUCUCAUCCAAUGAAGAAAGUGAUUAUGGGGUUGUUAAUGUUCACCAUGUUGGAAUUUUAUGUGAAAACCUAGAAAGAUCACUUGACUUCUAUCAAAACGUACUAGGUCUGAAGAUAAAUGAAGCAAGGCCACAUGAUAAGCUUCCAUACAGGGGUGCAUGGUUGUGGGUAGGGUCUGAGAUGAUUCAUUUGAUGGAACUUCCAAAUCCUGACCCUUUAACUGGACGACCUCAACAUGGGGGUCGAGAUCGUCACACUUGUAUUGCAAUCCGAGAUGUUUCUAAGCUCAAAGCUAUCCUUGAUAAAACUGGUAUCCCCUACACACUUAGCCGUUCUGGAAGACCAGCAAUCUUUACUCGUGACCCCGAUGCCAAUGCUCUAGAGUUCACACAAAUAGAUGAGUAAUGUUUUUGGAGGUUAUUAGGAUGUCUACAGAACAAAUGACUAGAAGAUAGAAAUAAAUGUUUAGAUGAUUGUAUAUAUAUGUAAAGGCUGAACAGAGUCGCUGAGAUUCUUUAUGAAUUACGAUAUAUAUAUAAAGCAACCAAAGAUCCCC